AUGCUCCCUCUCAUUUCCCCUUUGUCUCCCUCUCACUCAACCCCCCUGCGGGGUUCUCAUAUCCACCCGUUUCUUGUUCCCCUCCCCCGCUUUAUCCCGCUCAUUGCCCUCCCUUCUCCUUCUCAUUUCCCCCCCGUUCUCCCCCUCAUUCCCCCGUUCUCCCCCUCAUUCCCCCGUGCUCCCCCAUCGCAUACCCUUCUAACCCCUGCCGUACCCUCCGUCACACACGCCCCCUCCUCUAGGGCGCCCACGCUCACUCCUCUGCCACCCACGCACAAUCCCUUCCGUCUCUGCGUUAUGCCCUUCUUCCCCCUUUCCCCAUUCUCUGCCUUUCACCCUUUUUCCCCCUUUGCCCACUCUGCUUUACCCCCUUCUUCCACGUUUCCACCCUCGGUGCCUUACGCCCUGCUUCCGCCUUUACCCUCUCGUCCCUACACCCUUCAUCCCCCUCUCCGCUCUCUGCCUUACACCCUUCUACCCCCUUUCCCCCCUCUGCGUUACGCCCUUCUUCCCCCCUUUCCCCUAUCUGUCUUACACCCCUCUUGCUCUAUUCUCGACUUUGCCUUACCCCCUUCUACCGCCUUUCCACCCCCUCUGCCUUAUGCCCUUCCAACCUUCCCUCUCUCUUCCCUACACCAUUCUUUCCCCUCUCCCCUCUCUGCCUUACUCCCCCCUUUCCUCUCUCUUCCCUACUCCCUUCCACCCCCUUUCCCCUCUCCUCGUUACCCCCUUCUUCCCCCACAAUGCGUUCUCUGUCGUAACCCCCUUCUUCCACGUUUCCACCCUCGGUGCCUUACGCCCUGCUUCCCCCUUUACCCUCGCGUCCCUACACCCUUCAUCCCCCUCUCCGCUCUCUGCCUUACACCCUUCUACCCCCUUUCCCCUCUCUGUCUUACACCCCUCUUGAUCUAUUCUCCACUCUGCCUUACACCCUUCUUCCACCUUUCCCUUCUCUACCCCACACCCUUCUUCCCCCACCAUGCGUUCUCCCCCUAA